AUGAGUGGGGAACAGACCGUCAUCCUGUCCGCGGUGAGGACACCAAUCGGUUCCUUCUGUGGCUCGUUGAGCUCUUUGCAAGCACACGAACUCGGUGCCAAAUGCAUACAAGAGGCAGUUGCGAGAUCAGGGGUCAAGGUGGAUGAUAUUUCUGAAGUUAUAUAUGGACAGGUAUUGACGGCAGGUCAUGGACAAAAUCCGGUGCGACAGGCGUCUGUCAAUGCUGGGCUUCCAUUUUCCGUUCCAGCCACGAUGGUCAAUAUGUUGUGCGGUUCGGGACUACGGUCUGUAAUUAUGGGGGCACAAGCCAUCUCCGCGGGUGAUGCGGAAUGUGUGGUGGCCGGGGGUCAAGAGUCCAUGAGCCAGGCCCAUCACUCUGUCCAUUUAAGGAACGGUGUGAAAAUGGGGAAUGGGACGUUGACUGAUACCAUGAUUGCCGACGGAUUGACGGACGCCUUCAAAAAUAUUCACAUGGGAAUUACUGCCGAGAACAUUGCUGCCAAAUACAAAAUCGAUCGCGAAUCACAGGACAAAUUCUCCGUCAGUUCACAACAAAAAGCGGGCGUUGCUAUCAAAACUGGUGCUUUUAAAGAUGAAAUCCUCCCAAUCGAAGUUCCCGGACGGAAAGGGGUGGUGACCGUGUCUGUAGAUGAGUUUCCCAAGCCCGACACUACAUUCGAGGGCCUGCAAGCACUAAAGCCGGCCUUUAUCCGGGACGGAAGUGGAACCGUUACAGCUGGAAAUGCUUCAGGACUAAACGAUGGAGCCGCCGCACUUGUGUUAUCAUCCACAAGUUUUGCAAAGAAUGCUGGAAUUAAACCACUGGCUAAAAUUCAGGCCUACGCGUUUACAGGUGUUGAUCCAUCAAUUAUGGGAAUCGGACCAGUUUCUGCGGUGCAAGCAGCGUUGAAAAAGGCAGGAUGGAAGGUAUCCGAUGUAGAUCUGUUUGAACUAAACGAAGCCUUUGCGUCACAAUCUCUCGCAGUGGUGAAGGAGCUGGGAAUCUCGCCGGACAAGGUGAACAUUAAUGGGGGCGCCAUUGCCCUCGGACAUCCUAUCGGAGCUUCCGGGGCACGAGUUUUGGUCACUUUACUAUACGCAUUGAAACGGACAAAUGGCAAGAAAGGUGUGGCCGCCCUGUGCAUCGGGGGUGGCAUGGGUGUGGCUCUCUGCGUGGAAAUGAUGUAAUGAACAAACUGUGAAAUUUAUGUCUAUAAUUAUGAACAAACAUGACAAAACUGGAGCUUUCUAAACAAUGACAAUAUGCAUAUUACAUAUAAUUUAUAAGUUUAAUUAAGAGAAAAAAUGGUGCCUAAAUCUUUUCCAGAAAUAAAAUGAUGAUAAAAUGGUGGGUAGUGUUGGUGCAGAAUAAAUAAAGUAUUUUUGUGUAA